AUGGAAGCUAGUCAUCCCAAUAAUCCUCCAAUUCAUCAGAAUGCUACCUCAACUUAUCCAAACGUCCAAGCUCCACUAUACCAAAGUCUACCCUCGAAUUACCAAAAUCAAUCUCCCAUUUACCCAAAUCAUCCUCCACCCUACCAAAUUCCAUCUCCCUACCAGGGUGUCGCUCCCAAAUGUGUUAACGUACAGUCGAUCUACCGAGCACCCCCUCCUAUUUAUCAAGUCCAAGCUCCAAUAUACCAAAAUCCACCUCCGAAUUACCAAGCUCCAUCGCCAAACUACCAAACAAAUCCAUAUCCUAGAAGCCAAGCUCCCCGUCCAAAUACCAGAAGUUAUCAACAGAUGCCUCCUCGCCAACAAGGCAGUUAUGAUCCUCCCCGAGCCAAAUUCAAGAAGAAGCCUUCAAGAAGUUUCACCUCGCUCGCAGAAAGCCAAAAAAAGUUGUACGAGCGAGUGGAUGCAACCGGAUAUAUCCACCCAGUGGGGCCCAAACCCGUGGAUAUUGAUUAA